UUCGACAGGUUUGCCAUUCAUUGUGAGACAGUGCUCUGUGCCAACACGAUUGCAGCACCCGAGGAGAAAACACGGAAAAGAUCCAUUCCGGAGAGCGUUGGAGAGAGAACAAUGGGGUGAAUGGAACGUGAGGAUUUAGCAGCUGCAGUGGUGUUUCAAGAAAUGGUUGCUGCUGAUUAUUACUAUGCCUUUUCAACCGUUUUUGUUAAGUGUUUUUGUUCGUCUUCGAGGCUGUCGAUCUGAAUUUUUGCAGCGGAUUGGUGUUGACACAGGAAGUUCUUAGCAUCAUUCUGGUGUUUGAAGACUGGAUUGGGUCCGCAACCUUCUGUACCACGGGUCGCAGCACCGUAGAAGCUUUUUUAAAGAGCUAGUUUAUAGAAAACCAAAGGGACGUUUGUUUCUUGUUCUUACAGGAGUUAUGGCGGGCUUACUAAGUUCUGAAUCGAGACGUAUGUAUUCCUGGUGGUGGGAUAGCCACAAUACCCCAAAGAACUCGAAAUGGCUUUACGAAAACCUUACAGAUAUGGAUGGCAAGGUUAAAACAAUGAUUAAGCUCAUUGAAGAAGAUGCCGAUUCAUUUAGAAGGAAAGCUGAAAUGUACUAUGAGAAACGGCCGGAGUUAAUGAGAUUUGUGGAGGAGUUCUACCGGGCGUACCGUGCAUUGGCAGAAAGGUAUGAUCAUGCAACAGGGGAGCUUCGCCACGCGCAUCGCACCUUAGCAAAGGCAUUUCCCGAUCAAGUACAUUGUGAUUCUGAACUUAUCGAGGAUUCUCCAUCAGAAUCUUCAGCACAAGAAAGGGAGCGGUCGAUGCAAUAUGUGGAUGAGUUAUUUCAGAAUUUUCAGGGCCUUUCUGGAUUGGAUGUACACGAUGAAAAAGGAAUUGACCUCGAUCGUGAAGAUUCCGAAUCAGGCUUGAAACUAAGGAGUUUGAAUGAGGUGCAUUGCUUAAAGAAAGCUCUCGCCGAUGUGCAAGCAGAAAAGGAAGAUGUUCUCCUACAAUAUCAAAAAUGUCUUCAAAAGCUUUCUGAGAUGGAGGAAUCGCUGAAGAAAGCACAGGUCGAUUCCGAAAGUUUUAAUGAAAAAGUCAGUGUGGCUGAUAUCGAAAUCCAGAGUUUAAAGGAAGCCCUUAUUCAGUUAGAGACAGAGAAGAGUGCUAGAUCAUUAGAAAGCAAAUGCUAUUUGGAUAAAAUAUCCGAUCUGGAGGCCAUGGCUUCCCGCCUUCAGGAAGAUAUGAAGGGGCUUGACAAUAGAGCAGCUGAAGCAGAAGGUCAAUCUCGAAAUUUGAAAGAUGAAAUGUCGAGGUUGGAGCUUGAGAAGGAAGAGGUGUUUUAUCAGUACAAUCAAUGUCUUUCUAAACUAUCGAACUUAGAAAACAUCGUCUCUGUUAUGGAAGAUGAGGCCAGACUGCUCAAGAAGCAAGCAGAGAUUGCAGAAGCUGAAGUCGUUGAUCUAAGAAAAGCUUUAGCUGAUCUUAACGAAGAAAAAGAAGCUUCGGCCAAACAGUACAAUUGCUGCUUGGAAACCAUUUCGAAGCUCGAGAAAGAUCUAGCUGGUGCCCAAGAAGAAGUCAAACGCCUUAACAAUGAGGUCUUGGUUGGAAAUGCUAAACUCGUGACGGUUGAAGGGAAGUGUGCUCGGUUGGAUUUGUCUAACCAAACUUUGCGCGUUGAGGCAGAGAAUUUGGCAAAGAAGAUUGCGAUUAAAGAUCAAGAGCUUACGAAGAAGCAAGAGGAUCUGGAGAAACUUCAGAAUUGUCUGCAAGACGAGCAAAUGCAUCAUGCGCAAGUCGAAGCCACUCUCCAGACACUGCAAGAUUUGCAUUCUCAAUCUCAGAAUGACCAGAAGGGUCUGGCGUCGGAACUUGAAAGUAUUCUUCAAAUGCUUAAAGACAUAGAAUCGAGUAAAACUAUUCUGGAGAAAGAUCUUCAACAGGUCAGGAAUGAAAAUGAAAGUCUGGGCCAAAUGAACUCAUUAUCAGCUGCUUCUAUGGAGAUUAUGCAAACUGAAAUCGUAGGUCUGAAGGAGAUUAAAGAGAAACUUGAAAAAGAAGUUUCACGUCACAUAGGCGUAAGCAUGUCUCUUCAGCAGGACAUUUUACAUUUGAAAGAGGAAAUCACCAUCUUGAAUAGGAGCUACCAGACAUUACUCGAGCAAGUGGAAGCAGCAGGUCUGAAUGCCGAAUGCAUUACAACUUCUGUGAAGAGCUUGCACGAUGAAAACACGAGGCUGAGGGAAAAAUGCGAGCAUGGCAGCAACGAGAAAGAAGUUCUGAUGAAGAAGCUAGAAGAAAUGGGGGAAGUUUUGACCAAAACAAUGGUUGUAGAAAGCUCUCUGUCGGAGCUGAAUGCCGAGUUAGAAACCUCACAUCAAAAGUCGAAGGCAUUGCAAGAAUCUUGCCGGAUUCUUCAGGGGGAGAAGGCUGUGCUCGUUGGGGAAAAGACGUCUCUUUUAUUUCAGUUACAAUCCGUAACCGAGAAUAUGCACAGUUUGAUAGAAAAGAAUGCUGUUCUGGAGAGUUCUCUUUUGAGUGCUAAAGUUGAGCUCGAAGGUCUGAGGGAAAAAGCAAAGGGAUUGGAAGAAAUCUGUGAAUUUCUCAAGAAUGAAAGAUCGUAUCUUUUGUCCGAACGCGACUCCUUGGUUUCUAAACUCCGACAUGUUGAACAAAAGCUCGAAAACAUGGAGAAAAGAUACAUGGGAUUGGAAGAAAAAUACGCAAGCCUACAGAAGGAGAAGGAAGCGAUGCAUUGUCAAGUCGAUAAGCUCGAGAUGGCGUUGGGCAUCGAGAAGCAAGAACGAACGAGUUCUCAGGACAGAAGCGAGACGAGGUUGGCGGGGCUCGAAAGCCAGAUUCAUCUUCUGCAAGAAGAGAAUAAAUGGAAGAAGAAAGAAUCCGAAGAGGAGCUCGAGAAAUCUCUAAAAGCUCAGUUCGAGCUCUCCGUCUUGCAGAAAUUCAUUAAAGACAUGGAAGAAAAGAACUAUUCUCUUAUCAUCGAGUGCCAGAAACACGUCGAGGCUUCGAGAUUGGCGGAGAAAGUGAUUUCAGAGCUGGAGAGUGAAAGCCUUGAACAGCAGGUCGAGGCUGAACUUCUGUUGGAUGAAAUCGAACGACUAAGGUUGGGAAUCUACGAUAUAUUCCGGAGCCUGGAAACUGAGUAUGCUUCUACGGGGAAGGUCGAAAACGAGCGAGCUUUUGUGCAUCAUAUUCUUGAAAGUAUCGAAGAUAUGAAAAACUCCAUUUCCGAACAGGAGGAUGAGAAGCAGCAGCUCGUAGUUGAGAACUCGGUACUUCUAGCUCUACUUAAACAAUUGGAAUCAAAGGGCACCGAUAUUGUGAAGCAGAAACUACAUUUGGAGCAGGAGUUCGAAGUUAUGGCGGAAAAGUUUGCUGCUAAGAACACUGAUUUGCAAAGAGAUUACGACGAACUGCGGGAAGUAUACUUUCAGGUGAAUCGGGAAAACGAUUCUUUACUGAAUAAGUGUUCUAAAUUCGAGGAACAGAAGAUUACUGAUGCUGUGAUGGCGGAAGUUCUAAAGAAUUUCGGGGAAGAGAAAAUAGCAGAACUGAAGUUACUCGUCGAGGAUUUGAACCGGCAACGAGAGAUCAAUCGCGGCCUCGAAAAGGAAGUGACGGUAUUGAGAAAAAAGCUCGAUUUGCAAAAUGCCGAGAGUCUACUCUUUAGAGACACCGUUCGAAGCCUUGAAAAUGAGUUAGAAGAGAUGAGAGAAUGCGAAGUUCAGAUGAACGCCGACUUGGAAAAUCGAGAGGCGAAGCUUUUGGAUACGGAAAUGAAGCUUGAAGCUGCCGAAGAGCUGAACUCGACAUUAUGCAAACUUGUGGCUGAUCUGAAAAACGACAUCCUCCAUUCGCGGGAGAUAAGAGAAGCUCUGGAAACCGAUUUACUCGUUUUUUCGGAAGAAAACGCGACGCAGAAGGAUGAAAUCGAGGGCCUUGAAAUGGCGAACAAGAACUUGGAGUCGGAACUCAGGAAGCUUCGUCAAGAGAUAGAAGAGAAUACGAUGAGGGAGCUGACUCUAAAUACUGAGCUUCAGGAAAUGAACAACGAAUUCGAAGUCUACGAAGCCGAAGCGUCGACAUUUUGCUUCGAUCUCCAAGUCUCUUCGAUUCAGGAAGUUUUGUUAAAGAAUAAAGUGAAAGAACUUACCGCAGCCUGCCAGAUUCUCGAGAAUGAUCGGGAUUCGAAAUCGUCGGAGCUUGAAGAAAUGAAAGGCGAGCUAAAGUCAAAGGACGAUGUAAUUAUUAGCUUGAAAUCGCAGCUCUCCGAGUACGCUCCGAUCAUCGCUUCACUUCGAGACGAUAUUACCGUUCUCGAGAGUAGUGUUACGGCACAAGCUAAGCUUAAAGGAUUCGACACUCCCGAGUCGAAGUUUUCAGAUGCUGAACUUUCUGAUGAUCCGUACCUUAUCUGCUUGAAGGAAUCGAAAACGCUUGUUAAUUCCGUUCCAAAGAUGCUGGAAGAUCCUGCGAUGACGCCACCCCACCAGAGCUUCGGUGGAGAUAAUAACGAGCGGAGCAAUCGGAGGAAAGGCGUCUACGAUUCACCGAGGUUAAUGAAAAGCAAAAGCAAAAUCUCCGAGCUACGGAUGAAAGACAUCCCGCUCGACCACGUCUCGGAGCACGGAAUCCGCAAGCGAGGCGGCAUGGCGGGAUCCGACGAUCUGAUGCUCGAGCUGUGGGAAGCUGCCGGCGACGUCAAAUCAGUCGAUCUCUCCGUCGACCGCAUGCUCGACUUCCCCACAAUAAAACCCGAACCCGUUCAAGAGCAGUCUGACCGGAAGAUCCUCGAGCGGCUAGCCUCCGACGCGAAGCGUCUCGAGAUCCUUCAAUCGACGUUGGACAACCUACGCGAGAAGUGGGACAGCAGCAAGAGCAAGAAGGGUAGGAAGAAAAUCGAUGAAUCGGAAGCGGUCGACGAGCAAUUAUCGGAGGCGGAGGACACGCUGAUACAGCUCGUCGAUUUGAACACCCAGCUGGUGACCCACAUCGAGCUGUGCCCGCGCGACGAGACGGCGUCGCCGCGCAUGAAGGAGACGGUGAACACGUGGAUGAUGAAGGUGAUGGAGCAGGCGGACAAGGGCGCUGAGAGGAUCGGGCGAUUACAGAUGGAGCUGCAGAGGAUUCAGUUCGGGUUGUCGAAGCUCGUCGGCGACGGGAACGGGAAGUCGAAGGGGGGCCGGGGGAGGUUUUUCCGGAGCCGGAGCAUUGUUCUGAGGGACUUUGUGAGCGGCGGGAGGAGGAGCAGCCGGCGGCGGAAGAAGAGCGCGAACUGCGCGUGCUUCAGACAGUCGACUAGCGGCAAAGUUAACAGCGUGUAAGUUGUUUGUUUUUUUUUUUUUAUUGCCGUAGCCGUAAUGAAAGAUUAUGUUGGGAUGGUACAACUCUUCGAAAGACUGAUAUAUAUAUUUAUGUAGCUCAUCUUUAUGUAUGAUUAAUUCGGACAAGGACUAUCUAAUGUUAUCUAUCUUUUAUGUCUGUA